GUACCCCGUGGGCGCCAUUCUACGGGCGGCAGGCACUCACCUACUACACUCCAGCCACGAGUCAUUCGAGUCAUUUGAGUCGGGCGAGUCGAGUGAGCAAGGCAGUUCUCUGAGUGAAAGACGAAAGAACCUUACCACAAGUCCGCAGUUACCUUUAGCGGGCCUUCAAGAAAUUGUACGACGUACCUUACCACGAGGUCCACAACCGGCUAAUCCUCGUCUAAGCACUUUCCAGCAAACAACCGGAAGGUGUUCCUCGCGAUCUGACUUUCAAACUUCAAAUAUCAUCUGAGGAUUCAAACUUGGAACUUGAUGAAUAUGGACUUUAAGUGAGACAAAACUCGGGCAAAUGUGGGUUUGUGUUGGGUGACUCGGGCGACAAUAAACUGUGAUUACGUUGUCGAUUUUUCGCGAGGCGGGCAAGCGUUGUUAAGGAACAGAAGUUAAAGAAGAGGGUCAAGUGUGCAGGAUCAAGGAUAUUCAGACGAGCACCAUGAAAGGAUUUGUGGUUUUCUUUUUUCUCUCGGUUGCCAGACUUCCCAGGAGCGAGUGUAAGAACCUGGGUCUUCAGCAGGCACAUACUGAGGAGAAGUCUGCCAAUGUGAACAGUUACUAUACACUUGAUGAAAAGAAACAAUUGUCGGAUGUUAAAAAGUUUCAAGAUGUAUCAAUCGAGAUCGAUCUCCUCGACAGCACUCAUCCAAGGCGCGAGCAGCAUGAGCAAAAAAAAGAAAACCAACAGGCUGACCAGAUAGUCAUAUACCAAAUUGGGCUUGGUGAAGAAGAUCUGCCAGAAUGUGCCUCGAAAAAUCAAAUUUGCAGUAAAGUCGAUUUGUAUGGAGCACCAUGGGUUGAAAGAUUCUGCCGCUGUCCAGGUGGUCGUGCAUGUCCUAGCACACCUAAUGCUGACGAUGGUCACACCCUUGAAGACAGAUCAAAACAGUACAAGUUUUGUGAAGCUGUGAUGAGAAUACCUUACUGCCAUUACUUUAAGGAUGUCACGUGGUCAUUGCAACCGUAUGGAGGGCCAAAUAAUACGACUGUCCAACGUGUUUUCUGCAGGUGUCGUCCAGGAGGUGUUCCUUAUUUAUUGCGAAGGGAUCUGUCUAAGACAGAGAAGGGAAAUUACGCACCAUUCGCGCCAGUUUUCUAUUUUGGCUGUUCUCCCCAAAGUAAAAUGAAGUGUGCGCACAAGGAGCCAUGCAAACUUUUCACUGUUAAGAAAAGGAACAAGCCAAAUGCAGCAAUAGAAGAUGUGAGUGUUUCUGCGUUGUGUCAAUGUUCGAAAGGACUCAGAUGUCCGAGAAAACACACCGACCCAGGAACUAUGCCUUCGAGAUCCUAUCCAGGAAUGGACAUCAAAACUUAUGCUGCCUACUGCACACCACCACAUCAUUCCAAUCGGUCAGAGGUUUUUAAACUCAGAUAGAAAAUACUUUAUUUGAAAUAAAAAAAGAGAAGGAUGUAAAUAAUCUUGGCGGUAAAACUCUGAAAAAUUUUGCCUCAAGAUUUCCCGAGUAUUUUGAUGCUUCUGGGAAUAUUGGGGCAAAUUCCAGCCCAAACAUGAAUGCACCCGGAUAAGAAGGAAAGUUUUUAUUUUAUAAAUUGAUUGCAUGAUUCGAAUGACUCGGGACUUUGCUCAAAGCAAAUAUGGGAGUAAUAUAAUGUAUUUAGGGAAUUCUUUGAUAUAGGAUACGUGUGAAUGCAUGUUUUGUUUCUCGUGAGUAAAUGAAGAAAAACGAUAUUAGAAAUAAGGUUACAAAUAAGGAACAAGUGUUGAAAUUCGCUUUUUCGAUUUCUGAUUUAAUAUUUUUUAGAAGGCUCCAAACCGUUUCAUUUAAACAGAAAAUCGGCGAUUAGUUACCAAGAGAUGGCAUUUCCCUCUGUACCGACAGUUGGUAAGAAAUUAAAAAUAUGUACGAUUUUAUCAUAGAAUUUAAGACUAAUGUUGAAAGUAUGUGUUAGAAAUCAGAAAAGCGAAAUAUUUUUGUUUUUGUCGACGAAUCCGUUAAAAAUUUUUAAAAAAUGAUUGAAAAUGUAUAAUUGUAUAAUCUGGUCUUCCAGUAUCUUUUCCUUGUUAUAAUAUAAAUCUGUUUAACAGUUUAUGCUUAGUGUGUUUUAUUUGUACAGUUAUUAAUCUAAUAUUAUUAUUUUUUUAUUAUGUAAACUAUUGAACUAUUAUUAUCAAUUGAUCGAAUUGAGGCAACUUUAUGUCUAAGUACUACUACAUGUACAUAAUAAAAUGGUUAUAGG